AUGGUUUACUCGUUCAUGCUCAAGACCGCAGCUCUCGUCUCGGCCCUGCUGGCCUCUGCCAACGCCGAGCUGGAGACCGUCAAGCUCUCGCACCCGUACGGCUCCAGUGCCGAGGUGUUCCUCUUCGGUGCUCACGUCAAGUCGUUCCGCGCGGCGAUGGACCCCAAGAUGGACGUGCUGUUCAUGUCCAAGGACUCGUUCCUCGACGGCGUGAACCCCAUCCGCGGCGGCAUCCCCGUUGUGUUCCCCAACUUUGGCGGCGCGCCCGGCUUCCCGAACCACGGCUUCGCGCGCAUCACCAACUGGACGCUGGCCAGCCACGAGGAGGCCAAGGACAAGAACAGCCCCACGGUGGCCAAGUUCACCAUGGCGGCGAGCAACUCGACACGCGCGAUGUGGCCCGUCGAGUUCGAGCUCGAGUACGAGGUCAAGCUGCACGCCAACCAGCUCGAGACGGCCCUGCACGUGCACAACACGUUCACGCAGCAGAUCGAGUUCCACACGCUGCUGCACAACUACCUGUGGGUCGACAACUCGCAGGACGAGGGCGUGGUCAUCUCGGGCCUCAAGGGCGUCGACUACUUCGACCAGGUGGCCAAGGUCAACAAGACGGAGACGCGCGAGUACAUUACGCUCAAUGGCUCGGUGCAGACUGGCAACACGUACCUCGACGCGCCCGACCAAAUCGUGGCCACCGUCAAGGGCAUCAACACCAAGGACCGCACUAUCACCGUCGAGAAGUCGGGCUCCAUCACCGGCUCGGCUAACCAGGGCGAGGUCAAGACGCAGACCGACGCCGUGGUGUGGAACCCGGGUGCCGAGCGCGCCAAGAAGCUCGAGGACUUUGGCGACGAGGAGUACAAGAACAUGGUCUGCAUCGAGCCUGGCCGCGUCAGCGUCAAGCAGCCGCUCCCGGCCGGCCAGACCUACACGCUGCAGCAGAGCAUCACGAUCACGUCGUUCUAA